GCUUGAUAAUAAAUUCAAAUGCAGAUAUUGUCAGAAGGAGUAUUCGGGUGGAAUAACGAGGGUAAAGUUUCAUCUUUCUGGACUCAGAGGCCAUGAUGUUGAAAUUUGUACUCAAGUUCCCGAUGAUGUUCAAGCACAAGCCUUCAUUGCUUUGGAAAAGAACUCAAAUAAAAGAAGCAAAAGUGCGGUCAGUACUCCCUCUUCUGGUAUGAACGAUAAUCCCUCUUCUUUCAUGGGUUUGCAACAAACCACGAUGCCUGAGAUGAUAAAAAGAUGGAUAAAAGUGGUGUGGAUAAGUUGCUUACUAAGUUUUUCAUCAUGAAUAAUAUUUCUUUUAAUGUUAUUCAAAGUGAUUCCUUCAAGAACUUAGUGAAAGCCUUGGGUGAGUUUGGACCAACUUAUAGGUUACCUAGCUACACGACUUUGAGAACGAAGCUUAUUCCGGAAGCAAAGAAAGAGGUUGGUGAAUAUGUUAAGAAUGUAAAAAAAUCUUGGGAAAAAACUGGUUGUACUAUAAUGUCUGAUACUUGGAGUGAUCUCAAACAACGGUGCUAUAUUAAUUUUAUUGCACACUCUCCUGGAGGUGCCGUAUUCUUGCAAUUUAUUGAGAUUUCUAAAGAGAGGAAAACAGGAUAUUUGUUAAAAGAGUUGUGUUCUAAAGUUAUUGAUUUAGUUGGACCACAAUAUGUUGUUCAAUUUGUGACUGACAAUGCCUCGAACUUUGAAAGUGCCGGUGAGAUGUUAGUUGGAAAGUACCCCACCAUGUAUAAGACCAAAUGCGCUGCUCAUGGCAUUCAAUUGCUUUUUAAGGACAUUUAUAAGGAUCUUGAGUGGGUGAGGAGUGCUGUUGAUGAUGCAAAGUCAAUCCAGUCGUUUAUGUAUAGGCAUCAAAUUAUUACUGGAUUAAUGAGAGAUGCUACAAAUGGGAGGGAAUUGAAAAAACCGUGUGCCACUCGAUUUGCUUCGAAUUUUAUUGUUCUUCAAUCUGUUCUUGAGGUUGAGAAUGCAUUAAGGUUAUUCGUGGCAUCUCCUAUUUGGAGGGGUUUAGAGUAUACUAAGUCAUCUGAAGGGAAAAGGGUCACAUGUAUCAUUCAAGAUCCCGAUUUUUGGACGCGUGCAAAAGAAGUUAUUGAUGUUUUAGAGCCUCUUGUGAGAAUCCUUCGUUUAGUUGAUGGUGAUGGAGAUGGCAAAAGAAUCUAUCGACUUUAAGAGUGCUUUGAACGAGGGUAAAUAUGGCCGCAUAAAGUUACUAUUGCAAAAGAGGCGAAAUGAAAAUAUUCUUCACCCCAUCCAUGCUGCAGCUGCCUUCCUUAAUCCCGCAUAUAUGCUUAGUGACUCUUUCAAGGAAAAUUGGGAGAUGAAACAAGGAACUAGUUACAUUUAUGAUAAUCUAGUUUCAGUGGCCGAAAAGGAGUCUUUUCUUGAGCAAGUGCAACUUUAUCGCAUGUCUUAUGCCCCUUUAUUCUCCUCAUCUGCCAAAGCAAUGCUAAAAACAUAUCAUCCUAGAAUAUGGUGGGAUGUUUGUGGUGAUGUUCUUCCAGUGCUUCAAAAAUAUGCUAUUCGCAUUUUGAGUCAGCCAUGUAGUUCUUCUUCAUGUGAACGCAAUUGGAGUACUUUUGAAGCGGCCCAAACCAAGAAGAGAAACAGGUUGACUCCUCAAAUGCUUGGAACUCUAGUUUAUGUGAGGAUGAAUUCCAUGAUGAUAGAGAAGUUUCAAAGUAAAGAAGUGGCCGACAUGAAACCAAUUGAUUUGACAAGUCUAAAGGAUUGGCCGGAUUACGGAGAAGAAGUGGAACCGAUUUGUAGUGGAGCUCUUACGAUGGAAGAGGCUUCAAUCAUAGAUUCAAUGGAAGGACCUGACAAUCUUGACUCAAUUUGUCUAACCAUCGAUGACGGUGAUGGUGAUGAAGAUGACGAGUUUAACUUGGA